AUGGCGACAGCAGCGGCUCGUCCGCUCGUGACAGUUCAGCCCUACGACGAGGCCGGCGCGCCGCAGCAGGCGGCGCUCCCCGCGGUGUUCCUCGCGCCGAUCCGCAGCGAUGUCGUUAAGUUCGUGCACGCGAUGGUUUCGAUGAACAAGCGCCAGCCGUACGCCGUCAGCACCAAGGCCGGCCACCAGACGUCCGCCGAGUCCUGGGGUACCGGUCGCGCCGUGUCGCGUAUUCCCCGCGUUCCCGGCGGCGGUACGCACCGUGCGGGACAAGGAGCCUUCGGUAACAUGUGCCGCGGCGGUCACCUGUUCGCGCCGCUCCGCAUCUGGCGCCGCUGGCACCGCAAGGUCCCCAUCAAGAUGCGCCGCCAUGCGGUCGCCUCCGCCAUUGCCGCUUCCGCCGUGCCCGCGCUCGUCCAGGCGCACGGCCACGCCGUCAGCAAGGCGCCGGAGCUGCCGCUGGUGGUGGGCAACGAGAUCGAGGCGGUCGAGAAGACCUCGUCGGCGCUCAAGGCGCUGAAGCGCAUCGGCGCGUACGAUGACGUGGCGAAGGUGAUUUCGAGCAAGAAGAUCCGGCCCGGCAAGGGCAAGAUGCGCAACCGGCGGUACCUGAGCAAGAAGGGCCCGCUCAUCGUGUACGGCACCGACGGCGCCAAGCUCACCAAGGCCUUCCGCAACAUCCCCGGCGUGCAGGUGGUGGCGGUCGAGAAGCUCAGCGUGCUCGACCUGGCCCCCGGCGGCCGUGUCGGGCGCUUCGUCAUCUGGACGCAGAGCGCGUUCGACAAGCUCGAGGGGCUGUUCGGGUCGUUCUCGCAGGCGCCCACCAUGAAGCGCGACUUCCUGCUGCCGCGCGCCGCCAUCGUCAACUCGGACAUCACGCGCAUCAUCAACAGCGACGAAGUGCAGAGUGUGUGCCGGCCGAAGAGGGCGGCGCCGAAGCCGCUGCACCGCCUGAAGCGCAACCCGCUGAAGAACCGCACGGCCAUGGCGGUGCUCAACCCCUUCGCCGCGGAGAAGCGCAAGCAGGCCGCCGAGGCUGCCGCCCAGCCCAAGGCCAAGAAGGCCCGCGAGACGGAGGAGGCCAAGAAGGCAGGAGAGUCGUGGUACCAGACCAUGAUGCGGACCCGCCUUCGUGUUCCCUUCUUUCUAACCACCCGACCCGCUGCUGCCUCUGCCGCGGCCUCUGCUGCCGCCGCUGCUGCGCCGGUCAACGAAUCUGUGACUAUGGAGGGAGUGACAAUGCGCGUCCCGCCUCCCCCGCAUCCCACGUGUGACGUCAUGAUGGCCGUGAAAGCCGCUCUGGAUGAAGACGCGGGCGAUCUCGGGGACGUCACGAGCCUGGCGACCAUCCCAGCGGGCACACAAGCGAGCGCGCAGUUCCUGGCGAAGGAGGGCGGUGUGCUGGCCGGCACUGCGCUCGCCACGGCUGUGUUCCGACUGCUUGAGCCGAGCAUUCAGGUGGAGUGGAGCAAGGAGGAUGGCGACACGGUGGAGAAGGGCGAGGUGUUUGCCACGGUGCACGGCUCCGCGCAUGCCAUCCUGCAGGGCGAGCGCGUGGCUCUCAACUUCAUGCAGCGCAUGAGCGGCAUCGCCACGUCCACCAGGGCCAUGGUGGAGGCAGCCCGCCCUGCCACUGUGCUAGAGACACGCAAGACCGCCCCGGGACUCAGAAUCACAGACAAGUGGGCGGUGCUGAUCGGAGGGGGGCAGAACCACCGAGUGGGGCUGUACGACAUGCUGCUGGUGAAGGACAACCACAUCGCUGCUGCCGGCGGUGUGCCCGCCGCCAUCAACACUGCCAGAGAGUACAUCCGAGCCAACAGCCUGGAUCUCCCGGUGGAGGUGGAAGCCCGCACACUGGAUGAGCUCCAGGAAGUGCUGAGGUGCCGUGGGGAGGGCGUGGGGCGGGUGACACGGGUGAUGCUGGACAACAUGGUGGUGCUGCGACGAGGGGGAGGGGACGGUGGACAGGGAGUGCACGUGGAUGUGUCCAUGCUGCAGCAGGCAGUGAGCAUGGUCAACGGACAGCUGGAGACCGAGGCAUCGGGCAAUGUGACCUUAGAUACUGUCGGUGCUAUUGCUGCAACCGGUGUUGAUUUCAUUUCGAGUGGUGCUUUGACCCAUUCUGUAAAAGCGUUGGAUAUCUCGCUCAACAUUGACACAGAGCUUGCACUAGAUGUUGGUAGGAGGACAAAUCGUGCUUAG